AUGGAAGGUUUAAUACAGCACAUGGUACCCACAGCCGAGUAUUAUCCGGAUCGUGCUUACCUAUUUGCUUUCCUAUUGAGUUCGAGGUUGUUUAUAAAGCCUCACGAGCUUUUGGGUGAAGUUUGCGCUUUGUGCGAUUCUCAACAGCAUCUGGGAGGAAAAGAUCCGCCGACGAGGGAACGACUCGGAAGGUUCAUACCGCAUUUCGUUCAACUAUUAGCAGAAUGGACUGAAACGUUUCCAUACGAUUUUCGAGACGAACGAGUCAUGGUACACGUUCGUAACAUAACUCAAAAAUGCGUGACGGUCGAUCCGUCGAUAAGGAAAGAAGUGUCGACGCUUUUACAAAAUCUUUUGGUACGUUUGACGACGUUGGAAAAAUACGAAGAAUUCCUAAUGAGAAUCAGCGCGGAAAAUUCAACGGAUUGUCUCGAAGGUUUAAAUACGACGGACGUGACGGAAUUGUGCGCGUCACCGGGUCUUUUGGCUCAACAGUUGACUCACAUUGAACUGGAAAGGCUCAGUUACAUCGGUCCGGAAGAAUUUGUCCAGGCUUUUGCUAAGGAAAAUCCAAAUUUGGGUACUUCGUUUAAAGACAUGAAAAAAACAAGGAAUUUGGAAUCCUACGUGUCAUGGUUCAAUAGGUUAAGUUAUUUAGUAGCCACGGACGUGUGCAAGCAUGUGAAAAAGAAACAAAGAGUCAGGGUCAUGGAAUACUGGAUAGAAACGGCGCGAGAAUGUUUUAACAUAGGAAAUUUUAAUUCCCUAAUGGCGAUCAUAGCCGGACUGAACAUGUCACCCGUUGCGAGACUUAAAAAAACCUGGAGCAAAAUCCAGUCAGGAAAAUUUUCAGUAUUAGAGCACCAAAUGGAUCCGUCGAGUAAUUUCAGCAGUUACCGAUCAACUUUGAAGGCGGCCAUGUGGAGAUCCGCGGGUGCAACCGACCAAAGGCAGAGGAUCGUUAUACCAUUUUUUUCACUUCUAGUCAAAGAUCUUUACUUUCUCAACGAAGGUUGUUCGAAUAAGUUACCCAACGGUCACAUAAAUUUUGAAAAAUUCUGGCAGUUAGCUAAACAAGUGACGGAAUUUAUAACGUGGAAACAAGUCGCGUGUCCGUUUGAUAAAUGCACAAAAGUUAUCACGUUCCUUCAAGCGAGUCCUGUCCUAACUGAAAACGGUUCGUGUUUACCCUUUUUUUUCUCUAGUGCCACCUCUUGCGUUGGCAUCGUUCGAAUGCGAACCACCGGAAAAUAA